CCGCCCCAUUCCGAUCGUGCGGGGUCUGCCAAUGCUCGCGAGAGCCAUCUCGGCUUCCACGUUUGCCACGUUCCAAAGGAUCAGGACAGACUGGAAAGUCGAAAGCUGCUCGCGCUCACAGGCGACUGCGUCGCGCCAGAACACCUCCAAAGCUGCAGGGGGCAGGGAAGCGCGGCAGGGUUCGGCCCCCUCCUAGAAGCCUUUGUGAUUGGCUACAAUCCCCGUCACUCAGCCUUCCGGGCGGGGAGGAGGCGGGGCUCAGCAGGGAAGGGGCGUGGCCGAGGGGGCUGGCCAGCCGCGCGCUCUCGCCUCGGGGGGGAGUCGCAGGUUCGGCGCACGCGGGGGCCGGGCGCGCGCAGCCGGCACGCGGGUGAAAGUCCUCGGAGGCGCGGCGGGCGGUACCGAGGCACAGGCGCUGCAGCAGGAGCCGCGGCCCGCACCCGCCGCAGCGCUCGCCGCCGUCGGUGUCCCCGCGCCCCCAGUGUCCCCGCGCCCGGCGGGGCCCCACACCCCUCGCCUGCUCCAGCGGUGAGCGCAAUGGCCCCACGCAAGAAUGCCAAGGGCGGCGGCGGCAACAGCAGCAGCAGCGGCUCCGGCAGUCCGAGCGCUGGCACCAGCGGCGGCAGCAGCAGCCCCGGGGCACGGAGAGAGACAAAGCAUGGAGGACACAAGAAUGGGAAGAAAGGAGGACUUUCUGGAAGUUCAUUUUUCACGUGGUUUAUGGUCAUUGCCUUGCUGGGAGUUUGGACAUCAGUAGCCGUUGUCUGGUUUGAUCUUGUUGAUUAUGAGGAAGUUUUAGGAAAACUAGGAAUCUACGAUGCUGAUGGUGAUGGAGAUUUUGAUGUGGAUGAUGCCAAAGUUUUAUUAGGCCUUAAAGAAAGAUCUGCUUCAAAGCCAACAGUCCCACCGGAAGAGGCUGAGCCAUACCCGUGGCUGGAGGAUCAGAUCCUUGAGGGGCCAGGACCUCAGAAUAUUGAAGAUGAAAUACAAGAACAAAUUCAUUCCGUACUCCAUGAAACGGUAUACACAGAACCUGGAGAAGACCUGCAACCAGAAGAGGAUGAACCAGCAAGAGAACUGCAACCAGAAGAGGUUGAACCAGCAAGAGAACUGCAACCAGAAGAUGAUGAUUUCCUUAUGGGGGGUAAUGCAGAGGAUAGAUUUGAGCCCCUGGAAACUGGGACGUUUCAUGAAGAAACUGAAGAUAGUAACUAUGUAGAAGAGACUGCUUCACAGGCCUAUAAUCAGGAUAUGGAAGAGAUAGUGUAUGAACAGGAAAAUCCAGAUGCCAUUGAACCAGUAGUAGAUGAGGUUGAAAGAAUGUUCCAUGAAGCAGAUGAUGUAACAUACCAAGAGGAUGAUGAACAAGUACGCGAGCCAUUGGAACAUGAAGGGAUAGAAAAUUCAGAUAAUGCUGUAGAAGAUUCAAACGUAAUUUUAGAAGAAGUACCUGUGCCCCCUGCAGAAGAACAACAGGAGAUACCACCAGAAACAAAUAGAAAAACAGAUGAUCCAGAACAAAAAGAAAAAGUUAAGAAAAAGAAGCCUAAACUAUUAAAUAAAUUUGAUAAGACUAUUAAAGCUGAACUUGAUGCUGCAGAAAAACUCCGUAAAAGGGGAAAAAUUGAGGAAGCAGUGAAUGCAUUUGAAGAACUAGUUCGCAAAUACCCGCAGAGUCCACGGGCAAGAUACGGGAAGGCACAGUGUGAAGAUGACUUGGCUGAGAAGAGGAGGAGCAAUGAGGUGUUGCGCAGGGCCAUCGAGACCUACCAGGAGGUGGCGGCCCUGCCCGACGUCCCCGCAGACCUGAUGAAGCUGAGUCUGAAGCGGCGGUCAGAAAGACAGCAGUUUCUAGGUCACAUGCGAGGUUCCCUGCUUACCCUGCAGAAACUAGUUCAACUAUUUCCGGAUGAUACUUCCUUAAAGAAUGACCUUGGAGUGGGAUACCUCUUGAUCGGAGAUAAUGACAAUGCCAAGAAGGUUUAUGAAGAGGUUCUGAAUGUGACCCCUAAUGAUGGCUUUGCUAAAGUACAUUACGGCUUUAUCCUGAAGGCACAGAACAGGAUCGCUGAGAGCAUUCCCUAUUUAAAGGAAGGAAUAGAAUCUGGGGAUCCUGGCACUGAUGAUGGGCGAUUUUAUUUCCACCUGGGGGAUGCCAUGCAGAGGGUUGGGAACAAAGAGGCGUAUAAGUGGUACGAGCUUGGGCACCAGAGGGGACAUUUUGCGUCUGUUUGGCAGCGCUCCCUGUACAACGUGAACGGACUGAAGGCCCAGCCGUGGUGGACCCCAAAGGAGACAGGCUACACUGAGUUAGUGAAGUCCUUAGAAAGAAACUGGAAGUUAAUCCGAGAUGAAGGCCUUGCCGUGAUGGAUGAAACCAAAGGUCUCUUCCUGCCUGAAGAUGAAAACCUGAGGGAGAAGGGUGACUGGAGCCAGUUUACCCUGUGGCAGCAAGGAAGAAAAAAUGAAAAUGCCUGUAAAGGAGCUCCUAUAACGUGUUCUUUACUAGAUAAAUUCCCUGAGACAACAGGAUGCAGAAGAGGACAGAUCAAAUAUUCUGUCAUGCACCCAGGAACUCACGUGUGGCCGCACACGGGGCCCACCAACUGCAGGCUCCGAAUGCACCUGGGCUUGGUGAUUCCCAAGGAAGGCUGCAAGAUCCGGUGCGCCAAUGAGACCAAGACGUGGGAAGAAGGCAAGGUGCUCAUCUUUGACGACUCCUUUGAGCAUGAGGUCUGGCAGGAUGCCGCGUCUUUCCGGCUGAUCUUCAUCGUGGAUGUGUGGCACCCAGAGCUGACGCCCCAUCAGAGACGCAGCCUACCUGCAAUUUAGUAUGUCUGCAGGCUUGGAACACACUGGAGAGAGGCUGCCUUUCUGGGUCUGUCUCCUUGGGUGCGGGGAUAGAAGUUUGAACACCAAGGCCUUUAAUUCCCUUGAUUUGCAGCCUGAAAAAUUCUAAACCUCUUCGUAGGGUUAGAAGACACAAAAGGGAAGAUUUGCCUCACUGCAAUUCAUUUAGAAAGUACCCUGCUAUAUUUCAUCCCAUGACAACACCGAUCUGAUGCCUAUAUUUCAGGUGAAUACAGGAUAGCUUCUACCUUGCCAGCCAAAGAGUUUUUUCCACUUAGAAUAGGCCUACAUCAGUGUACAAUGAGAAUAUUUGUAGAAACUGUAAAUGGAUUGCUUUCGUUUGUAAUUUUUCUAUACAGUUAUAUUUUUCUAGGGUGGCUAGAUGAUUUUGUCAUCGCAUACCACUACUUUUUUGUUGAUUUUAAUGGCAAGCUGUGUAAAUGCUUUACUUCAGACUGUUUAAUGAUAACUUUCCUGGUGAGCUCAUAUUCCUUCUUCUGAUUCUUUUUAGUAAAAGACACUCGUAUGAAAAGAGAAGUUUGAUUUUCCUAAUACAAAGGAGAAAGAUGUAAUCAUGCCAAUGUCUGUGAACUGUACUGGCCCCUGCCCAGUGAGUCUGCUUGCUUGUUUAUCUUCCUUGAGAGCUGGUGUCUUAAUUUCUUUCCCGGCUGUGUGAAUGAUGGAGCUAUCAAAAUCGUUAUUUCUUUCUAAGAGGAACUUUUCACACUGAAAAAGGACAUGGAAUCAUUUUAUAUUGAGUUAUAAAAAUGCCACAUGUAAAUUUUUUAAAUGCCAAGUAUUAGGGCUUGAAAAGAAAAAAGUAAAAUUUCUCCAGGUAAAAAUUUUUUUCUCGGGAUCAGGUAGAUAGGUGGGUGCUAGGACCAUCUGGCUCCUGGCCUCUUUGCCGUCCGUGAGAUGGGGCUGGAAUCCAGAGCAUCUUUGCCUGUUGUAGAUCUAUGUGAGUGACGAAGUCCUUGAGAGGAUUCCCAUCACAGUUUUGUAAAAACAUGCAGGUUGGCAGAGUGGAAGAGCAAGAAUGCCAGGAUCUUUGUCGUGGGUGUAGGAUGUCAAGGUUGCAUUCCUCUUUGAGUUCAGAAGACUUUUAUGGCUCCCUGGCUUGAGAAACUUCUACCACUUAAACAUCACUUUGAAAUAGUAAUUGUUACCCAUAGCUUUGCUUUAAUAUCACCCACAGUAUAGAAAUAACAGCUGAAAAAUGAUCUUGCACUCUCAUUUCAAAGAUGAUCGUCAUUAAUUUAGUAGAGUAUUAAUGCAUGAAUUUUUUUGUUUUUUAAAUCAAAGCUAACUAGAAACUUUAGCUUGAAGAAUGUAACAAUAUUCGUGCACUGAAUUUUAAGCCAACAUGAACAAAAAUGCUGAAGAAACGACACACAGGUUACCAAAUUUCAUUCACAGGUAGAAAAACACUUGUGCUUUCUUUUCCAUCUAAGGACAAAGGAGGAUACUUUCUUUAUCUCAUUUAAAAAAGAGUUCUUUAAAAUUGAGAUGAACCCUUUUCGCCUGUCCUUAAGGAUAUUAGCUUCCAGUAGAAGAGUUUGCAAAAUAUUUGUCUUAUUGCCUUCUAUCUUGCCAAUGUUCAAAAAUCUCACUAAAAUAGGUGAAGCAGCAUGUGAGGAAAAAUAUCAAAAUUAAUUACCAAAGUCCAGAAGAAAAAGCAAACUCUUGAAAAAUAAAAAAGUAUUUGUGUCCUUCAGUAUUUAUUGAACAGAGGAAAUGACUGACAAAGGACAAUACAAUCCAAUGCUCAUGUAGUAACAUUCAUGUCACUUACUGAAUUUGGUUUUUGUAUGUAUAUUGCAUACACAUAAAGAAGUUCAAAGUAUAAAUUGUCAUUGUUGAACCAUCCUUUUACAUUCAUUUAAUAAAAUCAUGGAAUAGAGUGAAAACUAGCUCUUAACUUAGUAAUUACGAUAUGGUAUUUGCAAUCAGGUCACUACAGUAAGAUUCUAAAUAUCUCCAAUUGAAAAGCCAGAAUUGUUAUUACUGUUGCAAAGUAUUGGCAAGAACUGACUCCAAUAGCAUUUUAAAUACUUGGAUCACACAACUAUUUUAUAAAUCCAAGUAAUAAAAUGGACUUUCUAAUUCACUUUAAUUCUUCAUCUCACUUCCCUAUGUCAUGGUAUAUAAGAAAAGUGUUUCACUCACUGCAUUGGUAGAAUUAUUUCAAUGUUAUUAUUUUGUUGUUUGAAAUGUCUAUACAAAAUGAAUAGGUUGUAUUUAUACUGUAAUGCAAUUGGUUGAGAAAUAUUUUUAAUUUCAAUUUUAUUUCAAGAGUGGAAUACAAAAAUUACUUCUGUAUUAUUCUCUACCAGUAGAAAAAAAAUUAAAACACUAGAUCCAUUGAGAGAGAUGUAAUAAAUGGUUAAGAUUAGUAAUAUCUGUUGAGGGUGAAUAUGGCCAGCUUAAUCACCUCUUUCCUUUGAAUUUUUUUGCUAACAAAUUAACCCUCCCAAAUGCUUAAAGUGUGAAAUCAUAUUUUACUGCCCAUUAUCAACUAAAAUAUUUUUUAUUUGACAUUGAGCACCAACUCGUCAUACAUGAAUGCCCAUGUCAUGCAGGUGACUGGAAGAAUAAAAGAUAUCUGAAAACAUAAAACUGGUUUUGGGAAACAUGGCACAAGAAAGAUAUCAUAUCCUAUGAUAUCUGUUUAUUUUUAUCUAAUUUCCUUUGAAUGGAUAGUUGGGGACUCCAUUUCUAAGGAGAAUAGACAAAGAAAUAAAAUGAUCUUUGGCAUUUCA